CUCCCCCCGCCGCCGGUUCCAUUCAUGCUUUCUCCUUCCUUCGCCAUCUCCCUCGCUGAGCGAGGGGAGAAGACGGGAGCGCGCGUGGGCGGCCGCUGCCAGGCUCCCUGUCAGUCACACCGCCGCCGCUGCCGCCGCCGCCGCCGCCGCCGCGCUGCGAAGAAGGCGAGCGGGGGAAGGAGGGCGAGCGGCUUGCCCGGGGGGUAAGGGGGGCGGCUGGCGGCGCUGCCCCCAGCCUCACUGCCCCUUCCCGGGGCGUCUUCUGCGGAGACUGAGGCGGGCGCGGCCCCGCGGGGGGGAGCGGCGGCGGCCUGAGGGAUCAUGUUCCAUUAAAAGUGCUGAGGAGCACCCAGAACUCUGAAGACAGCAGUUUUGUGCAAGAUAAGAAUGUUCCUUAAAGAAGCUGAUGGAGAAUAGAGCUCAAGAGUGCCUGUCAGACACGGGCAGCAUAAGAUGACAUCGUAGUCUAGUCUGAAAUCGGUACUAGAGCAUAAAGGACGUAAACAAUAAUCCCAGAGGAUCAUCUCUCCUGGAACAGACAUUGGAACUAAGCUACUAUGUGACUAAAAGAACCGAGUGCAUCUGAUGCUGCGAUGGAGUCCAUGGAUGAAGCUGAAGGACAAGGACAGCUGAACAGGAAAGAGCAGUCCCUGAAAACCUCCCAGAAAACAGCACUGCUUGGUUGGGCUGCCUGGUGGAAUGGAUUCGUGACUGGAGACAGCAUGUAUCUGUUUGUCCUCUCACAGAUACUGCUUCUCUGCAUGAUGCUGUGGUACAAUACUUAUGGGACCAUCCCAGCAGCUCAGAAUGCCUUUGACCUGCUGUCUUACCUGCUUACCCCAUUUGAACAGCUUUUGUCAGAUCAGGGGAAGGACCUGACUAGAAUUGGGAGUGUUGUGGUAUCAUAUAUCCUGCUGUCUUUAGCGUCUCUAGGACUGCUACUUGUAGGAUCUCUGUUUUGGCAUCUGCUCAGAGCCCGUCCAGAUCCCCCCUUUCCGCUACAAGAGGACAGACGCCAAUCUGUGAGCCGGCAGCCUUCAUUCACGUACUCAGAGUGGACAGAGGAUAAAAAUGAGGAUGACUUCCUAGAUUUGGAUCCCGUACCAGAGACCCCGGUCUUUGACUGCGUAAUGGACAUUAAAGCGGAGACAGAUCCAGCUACUCUAACGGUUAAAUCCGUGGGCUUGCAAGAAAGGAGAGGUUCAAAUGUUUCACUCACGUUAGAUAUGUGUACCCCAGGCUGUUCUGAGCAAGGUUUUGGCUAUAUCAUGUCACCACGGGAACAGUCAGCUCAAGAAUACCUUCAGACAGCAUCAAACAUUCUUACUGAAGAGGAACUGCACAAGAAAGCACUGGAUCCUUUCAUACUUCAGGCAGAGUUCUUUGAAAUUCCAAUGAACUUUGUUGAUCCAAAGGAAUAUGAUAUUCCAGGCUUGGUGCGGAAGAAUCGCUACAAAACAAUUCUCCCAAAUCCUCACAGCAGAGUGUGCCUUACCUCAGCUGAUCAGGACGACCCCCUUAGCUCUUACAUCAAUGCUAACUACAUCAGGGGCUAUGGAGGAGAGGAAAAGGUAUAUAUUGCUACUCAGGGACCGAUAGUUAAUACUGUCAGUGAUUUCUGGAGAAUGGUGUGGCAGGAGCGUUCUCCCAUCAUUGUCAUGAUUACCAAUAUAGAAGAGAUGAAUGAGAAAUGCACAGAAUAUUGGCCAGAGGAACAGGUCACCUACGAAGGAAUAGAAAUCACAGUUAACCAAGUCAUACAAGCAGAUGAUUACCGUUUAAGGCUCAUCACCCUAAAGAAAGGAGAAGAAGUCAGAAACCUGAAACAUUACUGGUACACAUCUUGGCCAGACCAGAAGACACCAGAUCAAGCUCCCCCUCUGUUACAGCUAGUGCUGGAAGUGGAUGAGGUAAUGCAGAGUGCAGAAGAGAAGAAUGCCCCAGUGAUUGUUCACUGCAGUGCAGGCAUCGGGAGGACAGGCUGCUUUAUUGCAACUAGUGUCUGUUGUAAACAGCUGAAGAGUGAGGGCAUAGUUGACAUAUUGCGAACAGCCUGCCAGUUACGGUUAGACAGGGGAGGAAUGAUCCAGACUUGUGAACAGUAUCAAUUUGUCCAUCAUGUCAUGAGCUUGUACGGAAAACAGCUUUCUAGAGCAGCAGAAGAAUAAGUGUUCAUGAUAUUCCUAAAGGCUAAAACCAAGAGAACUUUUGACUGCAUUCAGAUAUAUUUCAGAUCUGAUAAGAGAUGCAUGGUAACCUGGCUGUCUUAGCUGGAGAGAAAGAUAUAUUAUUUUACUUUGAUAUUGCUUUUAUGCUCUUGUUUGCAUUGACAUUUAAGAGCUGAGGUACGCCUUGUCUUAAACAUAUGUGACAGGACAUAAUCUUCACCAAAAAAGGCUUAUUUAUACUGUAAAUAAGGAUAGUAGCUUCGUUUGUUACAAAAUCAAAAAAAAAAAAAAAAAGUCUUCAGUUUGCUAUUUUUAAAAGAUAAUUGCUAUUAUAUCCAAAUACAGUGUGAAACUUUUUGAAUUGUCAUGCUGAAAUGUGCCGUUUGUUGACUAAGCUUGAAAGUAACUUUUUGCCUCUUUCUGAUUGUUUUUACAUAUAAAAUUACCGAAUACUGUGUAUAUCGUAAACCUUCUGAGCCUCUGCAUUGAAAGAUUCAAGUAGAUUCAUGUUGAAAUGUUUCACACGUCAUGUCAUCAUGCUUGCUUGUUUUUUUUGUUUUGUUUUGUUUUUUUUAAAGCAGUCCCCCACCAGUGUUAUCUGAACUAAAGGGAAAAAAAUUAUUUCAUUGAUGUAAGUGAAAUUCUUGCCUCCAGUUCCUACCAGCAACACACCUUGGUAUCCUUACAGCUGGGUGAAUCUGAGGUUGAUAGGGGAGAAGUUAAUCUGAAUUCUUCAUAUUUUACCUUUCCUUUGUCAAUAUUUUGGCAUCUCACCAUGUAGCCAGAUUUGACUCUUGCAAGUAUUUUCUCUUUUUGCAUAGUGAAAUCAUAAUCCCAAUACAACUUCCCCAGAAAUUUGAGGAAUUUGAGGUGAGGAAUUAUUAUUCUUUUAAUUCAGUUCAUCUUUAUUGAAAAAUGAAUAACAGGAACACUUGUGUUGUGAAUUUAAACCUGUUUCAAUGUUUUAAGAGUAACUGGGUGGUCAGUGCUCAUUAAAACUAGUAUGACAAGAAAUGAAAAUCUUAUAGGCAGCUUUAAAAAAAAAAACAAAAAAAAAAAAAACUAAAUCUGUCGGCUGCUCUUUGAUAUGUUUCCCCUCAAACGCAAUUGAGGCAAUUGUUAGCCCAUUAUAAUCACUAGUCCAGGCAGCAGCAUUUCCUUUAAAAUAAUAGACUACUGAUAGACUAUUAUUGCCCAUGCUUUUGUUUUUAGCUGUCAGUCUGGCUAUGCAGGCUUAAGUUUGUGUUUAAUGCUUAGAGGUAAGCACGUGUUUCAGUGUUCUGAUGAGCAGAGGAAAAAAAGGAGGUACGUAGGACCCUUUAUAUGAAAGAUGAGUGUUUUGUGAAUAGAAGCUGUAAUCAUCUACUACAAAUAACUUGCUUCUCUAUUUGUGACAAUAACCAAAACCCACUGCUUUUGUUAGUGCAGGAGGUUCUCUGAACUUACUGCACUUCUUUAUCAGGAGAAGGGAAAGCAGCUCUCACAACAGUAAGGGCUGAUCCUGCUCUCACUGAGGUUUUGCCAUUGACAUCAGUAGGUGCAGGGUAUGGCCGGAAAUGUUAUGCCUACAACUUCAUCACUGUGCAGAAAGCUUCCCAGUAUUUCAGUACACAUAUUUUAUGUUUAUUCUGUAUCCAUGAACCUGUAAAAAUCCUGUCAGCAGGGUUUGCAUGAAUGUGUGGCAAAAUGUGUUAUCUUUAAACCACUUGAUUUUAUUGCUGUAUUUAAAAUAUUUCCUUCAGUGAGAAGCUAGCAGGAAGAACUGGCAUUCUUUUUAAAAAUACUGGCGGUAGUCAUUAAAUAGAGCAAUAAACUUAAGCUUUUGAGCAUAACAUGACUGUUAGUUUUAUGUAAACCUUGCUAGCUAUGUUCUUCCCAUUGCAACUGAUUCUUUCGAAAGGGUAACACUAUUUUGUCUGAGCUCUCCUUAGAAAUAACAAAAGUACCACUGAUGUUCUGAAUAGCAUUGUAAGUGAAAUUCCCUAUAAAUAAUGUUUUCAGCUGUUCAGUGCCCUUCAGUGUCAAAAUUGACUCAGUGAAUAAAAUGACUUGUUCUGUCAUCAGCUUGCUGUGUAUCUAAUAAAGAAUAUUUGUUGAUGAUGGGUAGGAUUGUGCAUGUAGGAGAGAAGUUGACUGUGUAAGCUGCCUUCUGUACAAGGAAACUUUCUAGAGGAUAAUUGCUUUAUGGCAAACAAGGUAUGAAGGGCUCUAACUUACUGACGAGGUCCGUACACAGAUCUUCAGCAGGCAUUAGUUAGCAGUGUGGUUUGUUGACUUGAACAGAAACAAACAAUUUUUACUGGUGAAUGAAAUCUAACCUGCUGUCCACUCCUGUUCUGCAUAUGUGGAGUGUCCUGAGAGUGUGGUCAUGGGUGAAGUCUGUCUGUUUUGCAUGAAUUCACUAGUACAAAGCAAAUGUCAGCCUACUUCCUCUCUGGUUAUGAGGACUGCCCUCCUGCCACCUCACACCAGGCAAGAGCAUGCUGCUUAGUCAAGAUCAAAAUAUUCAAAUGCCUCUUGAAGUGUUAUUUUGUCUAACAGUCAGAGCUAAUCCUCCUAUUUAUAAUUCAGCCUUACCAUAAUUAACAUUUCUCUUUUUAAAAAAAAAAAAAAAAAAAAAAAAAGAGGGGUGUCUGUAGGACCUUGUAUCAGCUGCUCUGGUCUCUUCUGAUGGCAUAGGUAGUCUUAAGUGUUUAGGAUUAGCAGAAAGGGUCUCUGACCAUGCAGAAGCACUUGAGGUGAGUGGAGCUGCUACUUCUGCUACUCAGAAGGUUUGAAACUGAGCUGACAAUAGGGACUAAGCCAAACUGUGCAUCUCACUAGGCUUCUCUUUUUACUAGGCACUCUAAGAUAAAAAAAUCUAGCACACUUUAUCCUCCCUCUCCAGCUCACUACCCAAGUCUAUUUGUACCUGAAACUGCAGUAUUAACACCUAUAAACAACACAGUUGUUCUUCAGAGGGCUGAAUUCCUCUCCUUGGGUAUGUUAGCAUGUAAUAACCUGAGAUAAUAUUUAGAACCAGCUGCAAUGUCUUCCCUGUCAGUUUCAUAAACUUUUUCACACUUAGUGUGAAAAGGCUAAGGCACAGCCUAGAUCAAUUCCUUGUUCAUCGGUCAUUGGACAUCAUGUUUAUGCAGUUAUUGUUUGUUUCUCUUGUGGUAACAGAGUAAUGACACUUUCUGUCCUUUUGUAGGUCUUCUGAGAUGUGCAGACACACAGGAUUACGUAAAAA